AUGUAUGGCACCUCCCACUCCUCCGUUUCCGCCCCGAUGAAUGGGAUCGGGGGGGAUCUCGUUGAUGGAUCGGGGACUAUCAAUCCCGCUGCGUUGAACAAUACUGUCGCUGUUGUUCUUCCUACCCCGUCUUUUGGAGCAACAAAUUUAACCCCCGCGCCUCGUGGCGUGAAACGGAGCCGGACUCCGGACCAGCGCGGGAUUACGCGCACAGAUGGGGACCACGACGACGGCGAUGACCACGGUCGUCGGAAACGCGGACGUCCCCCCAAGACGCCGCGCCCAUCAACCACAACCACAAGUGACCAACACGGGGCUGCUCAUGUACAAACUCCUCGAAUGCAAAACCAGCCACUGCCUCCGCACGCCAGCGUGAACGCGUCACCUCAACAGGCUUCCCCUACCGACAAAACCACUCCCACCAAGACCACCCUCGUCAAGGCACUCCCGACCGUGCGAGAUCAUACUACAGACCAACUAAACGAGGCUGGCGAUGAGUACAUACCAAAGGAAUUCGACGAGGCCGGGGAGAAAAAGGUGGAUGCCAUGGGUUACCCCCAGGGAGGUCGGGAAUACAAGUGUCGCACAUUUCGCGUGGCUCUACGUGGAAGCAAGCUCUUCAUGCUGGCUACCGAAUGUGCGCGGGUUCUAGGAUAUCGUGACUCGUACCUUUUGUUCAACAAGAAUCGUUCUCUGCACAAGAUCAUUGCUACUCAGAUCGAAAAGGAUGAUCUGAUCCAGCAGGACAUCCUUCCCUACUCGUAUCGAUCACGCCAGAUCGCCAUCGUGACGGCGAAGUCCAUGUUUCGGCAGUUCGGCAGCAGAGUCAUUGUGAACGGACGACGGGUGCGUGAUGACUACUGGGAAAGCAAAGCCCGCAAGCAAGGCUUUACCGAGGAGGACCUAGCCGGGGAAAAGCGACCUGGUGGUUCGAAGGCGCGUGAUGCGGCAGCUGCCGAAGCGGCGAGUACGGCCAACCUACUACCUGCCCUGGCCCAUGGCGAUGUCAUCUAUAGCAACGCGCUUGAAACUAUACCGAACAACUUGGCUCUGGGGGCUCCAUCGUCCAUGUCCCUGGCACCGCUCCCGAUGAUCCAUAUGGCCACCACGUCGGAUGAUCCCCGAUUAAGGGAGUAUAAUAACACACCCCGAUCCCGCCAGGAGCUGACCGGUCAACCGUAUCAAGACCGGUCUCAACCCAGCUCCGCUGCGGAGAUCCUGAAUCAGGCGUCGCAAACGGCCGACUUCAACAAGCUCCUGAGCUCGCAGCGCAACUAUCGCCGCAAGGGCUUGGAGGAUUUCUACGCUACGCAGCGCGACAACUCGCAGUCUGCGGCCCAAACACAACCUGGGCAGCUCGACUCCACGUCGGCGGUAUCUCAACCCCUGCAGUCACCUCAAAUAUCAUCGAGCGGGGUCAUGAACUCGACCCAGCCGCAGCAGCCUAUGCUCUCGCAUCAGGCUCCCAUGAUGGCUAGCCAACAGGGAUUCCAACCGCCCGCAGUCCAUCAUCAACAAGCCGUCGGGCAGUCUCCCAUCCGGGCUAUGCCACCGGUCCGGCCUGAACUGAUGCAUCAACGAUCCAAUCCUGCACUGUCAGCCGGAACACCCCAACCGCAAGGCCCCUAUGGAUUUUCCCCCCAACCGCAGCAGAUGUGGGGUCAGCCGCCGCCACAGCCACAGCCGUCGCCGCUACCUGCCAGCGGACCACAGGGCGUAGCAAUGCCGCAGUAUCCCCCGCAAUUACAAGCACAGCAGCAACAGUCUCCUUCUCCUCUCGCUCAUCCUCUGCCGCAGCAGCAGCAUCCCUCUCAGUCUCCCCGCAAUCAGCCUCGUCCGUCCAUGCACCAGAUGCCGCAAAAUUUCCCAAUACAUCACCAACAAACGCCUCAGCAACAGCCUAUGGCGUCGAUGGGAUUCCCGGGCAACACGGCCGCACCCUAUUCCUCAAUGACUGCCGCACGAGGCAUGUUCCCAUCGACACAAGGCCCCGGAGGCCAACCCUUUAUGGCCGGCACUCCCCAGCAGCCCGGAAUGGCCAUGGGGAUGAACGCCAGUGGGGCCAUCCCUGGUUGGUCGCCCACGCCUGGCGCUCCCAUGCAACCGGGACACCCGCAGCCCGGUCAGUCUGGGGCCCCUCUUGGAUGGUCGGGCUACUGA